AAUGACAAGGUCUGGGUAGGGGAGAUUCCACAUGAUUGUACUUCCCUACCCCUUACCCUGUAGCCGUACCGCGUCCGACUUUGUCAUCGAGUUUUCAUCUACAUGAUUCUGUGGUCAUUGGAGAAUUCGAUCUGUGAACGUGAGAAGCGCAUCUAUGUAAUGUUUGUAUUCAUAUGCCUUGCUCCAGUUCGUUUUGUCGACAUCGUUCGUCGUCGUUUCCGUUUUUCUAUUUUGCUGUUCAGCUCCGAAAUGACUUUGGCGUAGUUAAAAAGCAAAUUUCUAAAAACAUAUAGUUGCUCAACAGCAAAACAGAAAAACGGAAACGACGACGAACGAUGUCGACAAAACGAACUGGAGCAAGGAAUAUGGGAUACCCUGGAUACCGCUGGAUACCGCUGGAUACCCUGGGAUAAAAGAAAGACAAAACUCGAUACAGGUAUUGAAGAGGUCAACGACAUAACCUACACCAGGGACAAAUGGGAUGAGACUCUGGCCAAGAAGAGAGAGAGAGAGCUCUACAAGUCCUUCAUUGAUGAUCUUAUUGUCAUUCCUGGAGAGUCGAACCUGGAGACUGGUAGAGUGGAUGUGACCACUGAUGAUCAUUCGUUGAAUCUCGAUCAAAACAGUAAGUGGCAGACGUUCUUCAAGGACAACAAGCUGGGCUGUGAGUAUCCUUGUAAAGCCAUUAUGCACAGCAAUGGUUAGAAGAGACUGCAUCAGAGAGUUCAUCACACUGUGUUGAAGAGUGCGAGUGUGGAGGAAGGGUCUGUGAGUUACCAAGAUCGCUGUUUCCGCAAGAAAGGCUGCAGGGGAUUACAUACCACUGGAGGUUGGCAAGGCCCACUGGGAAGUAUUAGAAAGAAUGGGAGAUUCUGCUUUACGAAUCUCAUGGAGAUCAGAGAUUUCUUCAUCAAGUCCCUGGAUAAAGCCACGUUUGGGAUCAAUGCCAUGAUAAGCAAACUCGAUACACAGGUGGAGAUUCCAAGCAGCAAAGUACUAGAAUGCCAUGGUCAUUAUUAUGCCAAAUUCUGAAGUGUAUAUCUGUAACAUCUACAUUAACGUUUAUGCUUGCGUCUGUCUUUAUGCUCUAGUGUGACUAUUUUACUUACUAAACUGCCAUGGAAAGAAGAGAUAUGUUUUCGACUAUUCUCAUCGACAAAGUAGGUUCAACUUAUAUGCUGUUGUUAUUGUUGGAAAUAGUGUACCCACAGGAGAUAGAUCAACAUCCAGUAUGAAGCUUCGAGCAGCAAUCAUCAGGUUAGAAUUUAUAACAAUUCUGCAGCUAAUUUUUCCAUUAAUAGAAAAAUGUUAAUCUAAGUAUUUCAAUCGUUCAUUGGUGUACCAUUGCUUCAGCUAGCGAUGCGGCAUAUGACUAAAAGGCCUGAAGUCAUAGAGAAUAUUAUUUCAUCCUCUCCUGGACUGAGCGAAGAUGCCGUAGCGAUAGCAAUAUUACAUGAUUGUUCACUUCAACAAUGCUGAAACCAUUAGAAAGUAGGAUAUUCAUAACAAGUUUCAAAUUUUUGCUCAGAAAAUCCAGACAGCACAGCACAUCGCUUCAGCAGUUCACGACGAAGCUCACAACUUUGCAGCUUCAACAAACUCCCACAACAACUCAGCCGGAGACUCUUCCCAAUCCUCGGACUCACCCCAGCCACGGGAAAAGUAUAAAGACACGUUGGGAAAACAUUAGGAAAUACUUUGCUAAAAAAAUUCAUUCACAAUUAGGACACUUCUUAUCUAAGGAGUUACACUACCUCAUUCCUCAUUUAAAAAGUAGUCCACCAGUAGCACCAAAGAAAAGACCAGUAGUAACAAAUGAAAGACCAGUUAAGACAGUGAAUGAUGUAUUCCAUGAAGAGGAUGAAGAAACUUUGACACUUGAUGAUGUUAUGAACACGACAAAAAACAUCAAGGAAGCUUCAACUUCAACAAUGAAUUCAACAAGUACUGUACAGUUUCAAACAGAAAAUCAGAAGCAGGAACGUAUUAAGAAAGUACAAGAGCAGCAGUUCUCUAAGAAGAUUAUCCCACCAAAAGAUAUAAAUUAUAUUAAAAAUGCAGACAAAUUAAACAUGUUGGAAAAAAAAGUAUGCAAGUUGCUGAGAAAGCCAUGGAAGGGAUUCAAGGUUUGAUUUCCACAACCACUAAUAAUCAACAAUAUGAUGAUUAUUUAAUUAGUGUACGUCAAAGUCUUAUGUAUAUUCCAGAGAGGAAUUUAUUACAAUGCACAAAUGGAAUUUUAACUAUUAUUGACAGUUACAUUUCUAAAUAAACAUGAUUUGAUAAUU